UCAAGAGGACAUUUACAAUUUUGGUAAAGAAGAUUACUCUCUUCCUCCAUCUUGCCCCAUAUCUAUCUAUUCAUCACCUGAUGCUGUUCCUACAUUACACUACUCUGUACCAGUAGAGGGUGUGGCUGAUCCUGUUUCAUUUUGUAUUCACAGAUCACGAAGAACAGCUCAUCCUAUUGCAGCUGCUCCUAGCAGUAGUGGCAGUGAUGAAGAUGAAGCUAUUCCAGUACUAACUAAAAGAAGAAGAGAAGGAGGUUUUGAUAUUAAAACAGCUAAACAAAACAUCAAGCAAGUUAUGAAUGAGAAUCACUCAGAUUAUGCAGAUAUUUUGGAGAGUUCUCUUAAAGAAAUUGCUAACAAACUGUUUGAAGCUAAAAUUAUUACCCGGCAGGUUCAGAAGUCACCAACUUAUGAUGCCAUAGCCUCAAGUUUCCUAGCUAUAAUGAAUCUAUUGAACUCUAAGUCUGACCUAGAGAAGCAUUGUGUGAAGUAUCUUGAGGCUCUGUCUAGUGUUGGGGGACCAAUAGAAUUUGUUGCUAAUCUCUUGAGGGAAAAAUGGACAACAGCACUGGAGGGUACACUUCAGUUUGAACAGUCUGUGAAAAGAGUUAGAACUAAUUAUAAAUGAUGUUGCACUUAAAUGAUUUUAAUUUGUAGCUAAUGU